AAUCGGAAAGUUAGCUUCCGUUAGUCCAUGCUGCCAUCUAAUGGCCCACGCGUUUAUGGGAAUUUUCGUUUGAGUGCAGUGCUGGGAAGGAUUAAAAUCUAGAGACGUGUUCGGGAGAGAAAUAAUUGAGGGUAUAUUUCAUAUAUAAAUAAUUAGUCCUGAGUUAGCAGAACUGAAUCGUAUUAUAGAAUGACUCUAAAUCCAGCAUAUGAAGCCAUCGGGAAAGGCUUUGUUCAGCAAUACUAUACAAUCUUCGACGACCCUGUCCAGCGACCAAAUUUAAUAAAUAUGUAUAAUACUGAAAGUUCAUUCAUGACAUUUGAAGGACUUCAAAUACAAGGGGCUGUAAAAAUUAUGGAGAAACUAACUAGUCUAAGUUUCCAAAAAAUAAAUAGAGUCAUUACAGCUGUCGAUUCUCAACCAAUGUUCGAUGGAGGAAUUCUUAUAAAUGUUCUUGGAAGACUACAGACGGAUGAGGAUCCGCCACACGCCUAUAUCCAGACCUUUGUGCUGAAGCCAAUAGGGACCAGUUUUUAUGUGCAGCAUGAUCUCUUCCGACUUGCAUUACACGACAGUGCUGAUGAGGAUCCCCCACAUGCAUAUUCGCAAGUAUUUGUGCUGAAACCACUGGGCAAUUCCUUCUUUUGCCAACAUGACAUCUUUCGCCUGGGUAUCCAUGACUCAGCUUGAAGAAUGAGCACCAGUCAUAACACCAAAUGAAUACAAAAGGCAUUGCCGUUGUUGUGGAUGAAUAGUAUGUGAUGGACAUAUUGCCAGUACAUGGUAUAUAAACAUAAAUGAAUAAUACUUUGAACAAGUUGUUUGAAAAAAGCUGCAUUCAAGUUCAGUGAAUAAUGAUGCAUGUUAAAACCCUUCCAUUCACCAUGUGUUCAGAAUGUGAUGUCCUUAUGUGAUCACAGCAACUUUUCACAUGACUUAACACAAGGAUAAGAGUACCACAAUUCUCAUCAGCACCGACUUAAAGUUGCGAACACAUGGUGGUUUUUGAACUUAUUUAACCUUCAAGAUGACAACAUUGUCACAUUUAGGAUGCUGCGCCACCUGGGAGUUAGAAGUGUACUUUCUAUGCUGAUGCUAACAUCUUCUAAUUUUCAAUCUUCGUGUGAACAAGUACCCUGUUUUGAUGGAGUAAAGAUGAUCCUGCAGUCUGUAAUAAUUUAACCUCCUGAUUGAAACUAAAUUUCCUAACUCUAGUUAUUGUUGGGAACUUUCAAUUGCGUAUGGCUGUGAAAGUUAAACUACAUGUAACAAGGUACUUCAUCUAGUAUGAAGUUAUGUGAAUCUUGUGACAUAAUACUGUGCAGUGGUUUUUCAGGGCAUGUUAAGGUGAGUAAGAUGUUACAAAUGAACUGGCUUGUAUGUACAUGUUGACAUAAGUUUUUUAAUGUUACCGGGUGGUCCACCGAUCAUGAGAUAUGUUUGUAGAAAUUUAAAACAGGCUACACAUCAGUUUUGAUUAUGUUUAUUCAAAAGACUGCUUAUGUCAUUGCCCUCUGCUUACAAGGUCGUUCACCUUAUGUUGGUGAAAAAUUAAUAAGAUCUGUGCAGUGUAUAUUAAAUUUGUUAGUGGGAGUGGGGAUUGCCAUUUAAAGUGAGCUGUAACGGAUAUGCCUUUUGUAGGGUAGCUUUUUUUUUUUUACAUAAGUGCAAGGAUUUUAAAAUGUUGCUAUCCCAAUUUAUCAAUUAUUAUUGGAACUGGUAAGAAUUUAAAAUAAAGCCAUUUCAUGAUCAUUUAUUGUACAUUUAAAUGUCAUUUCAUAUACAUUAUUUCCUAGUUUACCACAAAAUAUUGUAUAAUUCAUUGUUAUAGUAAUGGUGCUUAUCUGUGAAGUUGAGGUGCCAUUUACUGACAGUGCACUGAAGAAAGAAAGAAGGAAAAAACUAAUAGAAAUGUCAAGAGCUCGCUGAAGAGAAAGUGGGUGAAAUUGGUGAUAGGGUUGAACACUCUCCUUGAAAAUCCGUCAUGUGCUAUGCACAGUGAACUGGAGUUUUACGUUUCAAGGCCACACUGUUCUGAAAAUACCAGCUCAAAUGAUCAGUAUACACCCAUUACACAAACUUUAUUUCGGUAAUAAACUAAAUAAGUGUAUGAGGUACUUCAGUCAUACCGCAGUUUUUGACGGAUGUUGCUAAUAGCAUGGUAUAGAAAACUAUAAAAAAUUGUAAGCAUCACAUAACAUGGGAAAGGUUAUUAUUUAAGUCUGUUCAAAACUUUAAAUUUAAAAUUAAAAUCCUGGUAAUGUAUAAAAUGUGUGUCAUGGGAGCUGAAUGAGGAGUGGAGGUGGAAUUCGCUUGCCUACUUGUGCCUCGUGUUUCAUCUGGUACAUUGAGGUUCCCCCUUCUAGACUGUCCCAGCAGUGUGAUACAUUAUGGGCCACUUUUUAAUUUUCUGUUGGCACCAAUAUGAUUCUGGAAGUUCAGACAUAUUUAUAACCAUGGCUACAAGCCCUAAGAAGACAGGCUUGGUUGACUGCAGAAGGCAAGAAGAGGCUUCUUAGUUGAGACAUGCAUGGAGCCAGGUGUGAACCAGAGCAUGCUGUUGUGAAUCGCAAGUUAGUUCUGCAGGGUCAGAGAGAAGAUGAAAGAGAGGACAGGGCAGUGACCGAGCAGUGGUGUUGUGGCGCUGUGAGUGGCUACUGACGGUGCUCCAAGUAAUGAUAAACGUUCCAGUGAAUUACAAAACAGUAACAUUUUUACAAGUUGUGUAUGUAGUACAAUGCAAUGUACAGUAGUAACAUUCAGUUAAGUUCUGUCAUGAAUUAUAAAGUGGCUAGACCAUUACAUGCUGUUUCUUGCAAUAAAGAAUUCUUGAUAGUUUUUUA